AUGGCCUGCCCCAUAGCCCAUUCUCCAGCCCCCCCCCCAACCCCACGGGCCACCUACGACCCCAGCCACGGCUACAGCCCCCAGCCCGUGGACCUGUCGGGGGUGACGUUGUCCCGGGAGCUGCAGCUCGGACCCCCUCCCCACCUCACUGUGUCCCCCAGGCCAUGGCGGAGCAGCUGGCUGAGAACUACCACAACACCUGGGGACACAAGAAGCAGGAGCUGGAGGCCAAGGGGUGGGGCUCGCACCCCCCUGCUCGUGCCCUAUGACACGUUGACGGCCAAGGAGAAGGCACGGGACCGCGAGAAGGCGCAGGAGCUCCUCAAGUUCCUGCAGCUCAACGGCUAUGCCAUCACCAGGGGGUUGAAGGACAUGGAGCUGGACACGUCCUCCAUCGAGAAGCGCUUCGCCUACGGCUUCCUGCAGCAGCUGCUCAAGUGGAUGGACAUCUCCCAGGAGUUCAUCGCCCACCUGGAGGCGGUGGUGAGCAGCGGGCGGGUGGAGAAAUCCCCCCAUGAACAGGAGAUCAAGUUCUUCGCCAAGAUCCUGCUGCCCCUCAUCAACCAGUAUUUCCACAACCACUGCCUCUACUUCCUCUCCACCCCGGCCAAGGUGCUGGGCAGUGGUGGGCACGCUUCCAACAAGGAGAAGGAGAUGAUCACCAGCCUCUUCUGCAAGCUGGCCGCACUCGUCCGCCACCGCGUCUCGCUCUUCGGGACCGACGCGCCGGCCGUGGUGAACUGCCUGCACAUCCUCGCCCGCUCCCUGGAUGCCAGGAUGGUGAUGAAGUCAGGCCCCGAGAUCGUCAAGGCAGGGCUGCGGUCCUUCUUCGAGAGCGCCUCCGAGGACAUCGAGAAGAUGGUGGAGAACCUCAAGCUGGGGAAGGUGACGCAGAGCCGCACGCAGGUGAAGGGGGUGGCCCAAAACAUCAACUACACCACGGUGGCCCUCCUGCCCGUCCUCACCUCCCUCUUCGAGCACGUGGCGCAGCAUAACUUUGGGGACGACGUCAUCCUCGAUGAUGUCCAGGUCUCCUGCUACCGCAUCCUGUGCAGCAUCUACUCGCUGGGCACCACCAGGAACCCCUACGUGGAGAGGCAGCGCCCGGCGCUGGGGGAGUGCCUGGCCACCGCCAUGCCCGUGGCUUUCCUGGAGCCGCAGCUCAACGAGUUCAACCCCUGCUCCGUCUACAGCACCAAGUCCCCCCGCGAGCGGGCCAUCCUGGGGCUCCCCAGCCGGGUGGAGGAGAUGUGCCCCGACAUCCCCGACCUGGAGCGGCUGAUGCGGGACAUCGGGGGGCUGGCGGAGUCGGGGGCCCGCUACACCGAGAUGCCCCACGUCAUCGAGGUGACCCUCCCCAUGCUCUGCAACUACCUGCCCCGAUGGUGGGAGCGCGGCCCCGACACCCUGCCCCAGGGACCCUGGGCCACCGCCGUCACCGGCCAGCACCUCAACGCCCUCCUGGGCAACAUCCUCCGCAUCGUGGUCAACAACCUGGGCAUCGACGAAGCUUCCUGGAUGAAGCGCCUGGCAGUGUUCGCCCAGCCCAUCGUCAGCAAGGCGAAGCCGGAGCUGCUGCGCUCCCACUUCAUCCCCACCAUGGAGAAGCUGAAGAAGCGGGCGGGCAAGGUGGUGGCCGAGGAGGAGCAGCUCCGCAUGGAGGCCAAGACGGAGGGGGAGGAUGCCGAGCUGCUCAUCCGGGAUGAGUUCUCCGUCCUCUGCCGUGACCUCUAUGCGCUUUACCCCCUGCUCAUCCGCUACGUGGACAACAGCCGGGCCAAGUGGCUGACAGAGCCCAACGAGGAUGCAGAGGAGCUGUUCCGCAUGGUUGGGGAGGUCUUCAUCUACUGGCUGAAGGCCGAGGACUCUGACAGCCCCGAGAAGAAUGUCUAGAGGGUGCAGGAGGUGUCAGCCAUGCUCUACCACCUCAAGCAGACGGAGCACCCCUACAAGUCCAAGAAAGCAGUGUGGCACAAGCUGCUCUCCAAGCAGCGCCGCCGGGCUGUGGUCGCCUGCUUCCGCAUGACGCCCCUCUACAACCUGCCCAGGCACCGGGCCUGUAACAUGUUCCUGGAGGCGUACAAGCUCUCCUGGCUGGUGCCGGAGGAGCAUCCCUUUGAGGACCGCAUGAUCGAUGACCUCUCGCCCAUGUUGUCCUCCCCCCAGGACUCCAGCCAGAUCGGGCUGCUGAAGGAGCUGCUGGACCUGCAGAAGGACAUGGUGGUGAUGCUGCUGUCCCUGCUAGAAGGCAACGUGGUGAACGGGACCAUCGCCCGGCAGAUGGUGGACAUGCUGGUGGAGUCCUCCAGCAACGUCACCAUGAUCCUCAAGUUCUUCGACAUGUUCCUGAAACUGCGGGACAUCGUGGCCUCGGAUGCCUUCCGCGACUACGUCUCGGACCCGCGAGGUCUCAUCUCCAAGAAGGACUUCCAGAAGGCGAUGGACAGCCAGAAGCAAUACGAACCCGCCGAGAUCCAGUUCCUGCUCUCCUGCUCGGAGGCGGACGAGAACGAGAUGAUCGACGUGGAAGCCUUUGCUGGUCGCUUUCAAGAGCCUGCUCGCGACAUCGGUUUCAACGUGGCCGUGCUCCUCACCAACCUCUCGGAGCACGUUCCCCAUGACCAACGUCUCCGGACCUUCUUGGAGCAAGCGGCCAGCAUCUUGGAGUAUUUCCGUCCUUUUUUGGGACGGAUCGAGAUCAUGGGAGCCGCUCGACGGAUCGAACGCCUCUACUUCGAGAUCAGCGCUGCCAACAAGGCGCAGUGGGAGAUGCCCCAAGUGAAGGAAUCCAAGCGCCAGUUCAUCUUCGACGUGGUCAACGAGGGGGGGGAGGCCGAGAAGAUGGAGCUCUUCGUCAGCUUCUGCGAGGACACCAUCUUCGAGAUGCAGAUUGCCUCUCGCCUCUCCGAGGAGGAACCCCCCCGGGAAGAAGGAGAGGAUGAGGAGCAGGAGGAAGAGGAGGAGCCCCCUGAUCCCACUGCUCCCCCGCCCCCCUCCGAACCCACCUUGGCUUUUGGGGAGCUGUUGGCGGGGGCUGGGGGGUUGCGACGCUUGUUGGGGUCCCCCCAAACCUGGCGGCGACGGUUGCAAUGCCGGCCGGGUCAGGAGUUGGUGUGGGCAGCAGGGGCGGCCGCUGGCUGGGUAAUGCUGGGGGGGCUUCUGGGGGGCUGGGGGGUGCUGGGGGCUGUGGGGCGCCUGGCCUGGACCUCUCUUUUCGGAGGGGGGAUGCCGUGGGGGGGCGGCGAGACUGGGAAGGCUGCGGGGGGAGAAGAGGGGGGUCCUCAAGACCCUGUCCCCCUGCCCGCCCCCCACCUGCUGCAGCCCCCCGAGGAGGAGGCGGCGGUGGUGUCAGUGCCAGUGUCAGCUUUCGGGGUGCGCAAGGAGCCCGGGCACUAUCGGCUGGCAGCCCCCGACGCCCCCGGGGGGCUGGGGGACAUCGGGGAGCCCCCCGCUGCCGAGCCCCCCACCCCCGAGGGCACUCCCAUCCUCCGGAGGAAGAUUGGGGAGGACGGAGAGGAGCUGGUGGAGGAGGAGCCGCAGAAGGAAGAGAAGCCAGCGGGUGAGGCGGAAAAAGCCAACACGGAGAAUGGGGAGAAGGCCGGGGCGGAGGGGGCCGAGGGGGGGCCCGAGCCUGGUGCCCCCGAGAAGAGGAGGAAAUCGGUCCCCCGGGAGCGGAAGGAGCCGCCGGCCGAAGGAGCCUUCGAGUUCUGGACUGAGCUGGAGGUCCAGAGGGUCAAAUUCCUGAACUACUUGUCCAGGAACUUCUACAACCUGCGGUUCCUGGCGCUCUUCCUCGCCUUCGCCAUCAACUUCAUCCUCCUCUUCUACAAGGUGUCGGAGCACCCUCCAGGUACCGAGGAGGAGCUGGAGGGCUCGGGGCUGGCAGCAACAUGGCCAGGGGGGGCCGGGGAGGAGAGCGUGGUCUAUUACUUCUUGGAGGAGAGCACGGGAUACAUGCAGCCGGCGCUGCAGGGCCUGGCCCUGGCCCACACCCUCGUCGCCUUCCUCUGCAUCAUCGGCUACAACUGCCUCAAGAUCCCGCUGGUGAUCUUCAAGCGGGAGAAGGAGGUGGCACGGCGCCUGGAGUUCUCGGGGCUCUACAUCACCGAGCAGCCGCCGGACGACGACGUCAAGGGCCAGUGGGACCGGCUGGUGCUCAACGCCCAGUCCUUCCCCAGCAACUACUGGGACAAGUUCGUCAAGAGGAAGGUGCUGGAGAAGUAUGGGGAUAUCUACGGGCGCGAGCGCAUCGCGGAGCUGCUGGGGAUGGAGCUGGCCAGCCUGGAUAUUGGGGCGCAGGGCGAGAGGAAGGCCCCCCCCGACAGCUCCCUCCUCACCUGGAUCACAUCCAUCGACAUCAGGUACCAGAUCUGGAAGUUUGGGGUCAUCUUCACCGACAACUCCUUCCUCUACCUCACCUGGUACAUGGCCAUGUCCCUCCUGGGCCACUACAACAACUUCUUCUUCGCCUCCCACCUCCUGGACAUCGCCAUGGGGGUGAAGACCCUCCGCACCAUCCUCUCCUCCGUCACCCACAACGGCAAGCAGCUGGCGAUGACGGUGGGGCUGCUGGCCGUGGUCGUGUACCUCUACACCGUGGUGGCCUUCAACUUCUUCCGCAAGUUCUACAACAAGAGCGAGGAUGAGGAUGAGCCUGACAUGAAAUGUGACGACAUGAUGACGUGCUACCUGUUCCACAUGUAUGUGGGGGUUCGGGGGGGGGGCAUUGGGGACGAGAUCGAGGACCUGGCAGGGGAUGACUACGAGCUGUACCGCGUCGUCUUCGACAUCACCUUCUUCUUCUUCGUCAUCGUCAUCCUCCUGGCCAUCAUCCAGGGUCUGAUCAUCGAUGCUUUUGGGGAGCUGCGGGACCAGCAGGAGCAGGUGAAGGAGGACAUGGAGCCCAAAUGUUUCAUCUGCAGCAUCAGGAGAGACUAUUUCCACACGACCCCCCACGGCUUCGAGACCCACACGCUGGAGGAGCACAACCUGGCCAACUACAUGUUCUUCCUGAUGUAUCUGAUCAAUAAGGAUGAGACGGAGCACAUGGGGCAGGAGUCCUAUGUCUGGAAGAUGUACCAGGAGCGCUGCUGGGAUUUCUUCCCCGCCGGUGACUGCUUCCGCAAGCAGUACGAGGAUCAGCUGGGGUGACCCCCCCCGGACCCCCCCGGGGACCCCCCAGCACCUCCAGCUCCCCCCUCUAAGAAGUGCCUUGUCCGCCAGGGGGGGCCACUUACCUCUGCCAUCAAUAAACCCUGGAGAGUG